AUGAAUUCUGGAAAACUCAUUGCACGAACAUUAGUCAGAAAUAUGACUCCUGUUCGUACAUACAAGGCUCCGAGCGCUUAUCGUCCACCAACACUGAACGAUUUGCCUGUUCCUCAAGGAGAUUUCUUUAUGCAACAUGCAGCUCGUGAGCGAAAAUAUAACGCUUACCUUGCAGCUGGCGUUUUAAUUUUUGCAACAACACUCUUUGUGGUGAAGGAGUCUAAAAUCAUAAACUUCAAUUGGAGUCCUCCAGACACUUACGAGUAA